UUGUAGAUGCUUUAUCUUUGAGAUCUCCUCGAGGCCUUCAGAGGCCCUUGCUCUCGUUCUUCUCCGCGAGCUUCGCCAUGGCAUCCCACACCGAGGGCAUCGCCUUGCUAUCCAUGUACAACGACGAGGAAGAUGACGACGAGGAACCGGCCGUACCACCGCCAGAGGACGAUGGAGAUGGAGAUGGUGAUGGCGAUGGAGGUGGUUCGAAGGAAACCGCUGCCGUCCCCGCACCGCUGUCUGAUGGCACACCGACUCCGGAACCUACCCCGCCUGUGGCUCAAUUGCGCACCCCUCUUGGCUCCGAUGAGGAUCCGGACUAUUACAAAUCCCUAAGGAGCCCCACCCCUCCACCGCUGCCGAAGAUCGCCGAAUUCCAGUCCCAACCCACUCCGCCUGUCCGUUUGCCUUCGAGUUCUCCUUCGCCCGCUCCUCCGGUUUUGGAGAAUUUUGAUGGUCGGAGGGCAGCGAAGGGGUCGGUGGCGAUCGUGGACUAUGCUCACGAUGAGAUGGCGUUGUCCCCCGAACCGGAGGAUGAGGAGAUUGGGAGUGGUGGUCGUGUUUUGAUUGAAUCUGAGCGUCCGGUGUCGGAUGGGAACUUUGAGGGUACAACACCAUCAGGGGCAGUUUGUUCUUUACCACCAACUGGGCACUCAGCUCCUCCUCAAUCAUCUGAUUUACCUGAACACCUUUCAUCCAACACAAUGGAUUAUACUGUUACAGAGCCUGAAGUAUCUCAAGACCAAUUAGUCACUGUAGCUUCUGCAGAAAUGCAAAUUGAUGUUGAUCCAUUGAAUAGUUUCCUCCCCCCACCACUGACAAUUCAGUGCCCUGAGGAAUUGCAGGACAAGAUAAACAAGUUUCUGGUGUACAAAAAAGCUGGAAAAAGCUUCAAUGCUGAUUUACGCAACAGAAAGGAUUACCGCAAUCCUGAUUUUUUGCAGCAUGCAGUGAGGUACCAAGAAAUAGAUCAGAUAGGGACUUGCUUCAGUAAAGAUGUGUUUGACCCUCACGGGUAUGACAAAAGUGACUAUUUUGAUGAAAUAGAGGCUGACAUGAAGCGUGAAUUGGAAAGAAAGGAGCAAGAAAGGAAAAAAGCCCAAAAAGUUGAUUUUGUUCCUGGAGGCACACAAACUUCUGCAAUUACUCAAGCAUUAAAGAUCAGCGCACAAAUCCCAGGUGUUGUUGCUCCUGGAUUACAAUCACUUCCUGUGGCUGUUGAUGUGAUUGCAAAAGAUUCCCGGCAGAAUAAAAAGUCAAAAUGGGAUAAGGUUGAUGGAGAUGUUAAGAAUCCACCACUUAGUGGAGCUCAAGAUAAUUUAUCUGCGGUUGGUGUUCAUGCAGCCCAUUUAUCAGCUGCAAAUGCUGGUGCUGGAUACACAGCAUUUGCGCAGCAAAAGAGAAGAGAAGCUGAAGAUAAAAGAUCAAGCGAGAGAAAGUUUGAGAGAAGAUCAUGACUAUUCACCUGAUCAUCAGCAAAAGGGCUUUCAUGUGGUUGCAUGCAAAGAGGAAGAGAAGCUGGGAAAGAUAAAUUUGUGAAACUUUGACAAAAAAUGACAAUGACCUAAUUCUAGUUUCUGGUCAUCAUCAAAAGAGACACAUUCACUCAGUUAUCUUGGUUUUGUAUGAUAGUAGUCAUGUUCUAACCCAUUCUCACGGUUACAUAUUUUUAUCUUUUAUCUUUUAUCUUUUAAUUUUAAGCAUCAACGUGUGCUUGUAUGAUAGAAUUAUACUCAAUAUGACAGAGCAUAUACUGAUUAAUGCAUGACAUUAUUUCAUGAAUGAGAACAUUUAAAUGUAUUAAAAGAGGUUUCUGGUAUUGAA